ACACAGCUUCCUCCACAAAUGAGUGGCUCUCUCUUGAUUCCUUUAUAACCCACUCUCCUCUUUAAGUCUUAACCGUCCCUCUCCCUCCCUCCCUCCAACGCCCCACCGGGGUAUCAAUCGACACCUCAUCAGUCAAACUUCGUUCCGUUCCGUUCAUUCUCUUCUUCCACAGAUCCACACCUCUCUUGUCGCACAUAUAAACAUAUUCACUCGAUCGUAUCUCGAAAGUGAAUCGGUUUGAAAUUUGAUUCGACAAAAGCUGCUGCGAGAACAGCGAAUCGUUGACGCUUUUGAAUCUUGUGAACUCUGAUUGGAUGGCAUCAUCUCUGGUCUCCAACUCUGUAACGAACUCUAACGCGGUUGUUGAUCGCUCAAAAAGAAAAAAGAAGAAGAAAUCGCUGAUGCAAGCAAGGGAUCAGGACCAAAACGACCCUGCUAAGUGGAGAACAGAGAAGCAGCAAGAAAUCUACUCUUCCAAGCUUCUACAGGCUUUGAGCCAGGUCCGGAUUAGUCCUCCUUCUCCAUCGGUGCCGCGUCAAGGUCGAGCCGUGCGAGAAGCCGCAGAUAAAGCUCUGGCUGUGGCAGCGAAGGGGAGGACCAGGUGGAGCCGAGCGAUUCUGACGAGCCGACUGAAACUCAAGUUUAGGAAGCAGCAGCAACACCACCAGAAGAGACAGCAGAGAGUAAUUGCGGCUGCCUCUGGAAGUAUCCGGUCCAAGAAGCCGAGAGUGAGCGUAUUCAGGUUGAAAGGCAAGGGUCUACCGGCUGUACAAAGGAAAGUCAAGGUACUUGGCCGGUUAGUCCCUGGUUGCCGGAAACAGUCGUUACCGGUCAUUCUAGAGGAGACCACUGAUUAUAUAGCAGCGUUGGAGAUGCAGGUUCGAGCCAUGAGCGCUCUCGCUGAUUUGUUAUCCGGCUCCGGAUCCAUCUCUGGCGCUGCCUCUAGCUCUGCUCCGCCGCCGAGCUGAUCACUCGAAUAUUUCUUCUUUUUUUCCCUUUAAUUUGUGCCUCCCUCUCUCUUGCAAGAAGUAAUUUCUUGUUAAAUACGUGAUCUUUCUUUAUUUUUCAAGGAAGUUUUAUCCACCAAGCCUAAAUACGAAUA